ACUAUCUCUAUCGAUCUUAUAUAUGAGAUAUAUUCAUUAUAAAUGCGGAUAUGACUGAUAUGGCUUGGAUUGAUGUAUUGUCUUCAACAACAAUGAUUAUUCGAAAUCAAAAUUUAUCAUAACAGAAACGCAGAAGGACAACAACUGACUUAAAUUACAAGAUCAAUUGAUCAAAAGAACAGUACAUAUUGGAAAACGUAUAACUGAUAACUAUAAUCAAUAUUCACAACUAAAAAGUGACAUUUAUAUUUAACAGGUUAAAAGGAACAGAACAGUUUGGUAUAAAUGAGUCAAAGAACAUUCUUGAACAUUUAGAAACUAUUUUCCCAAGGUUGCCAAAUGGUUGCCAAAAUGGCAGACCAGGAAACUGACAAUAUUCCCAUAUUGGGGACCUCCCAGGCAGAUUACCUACAAGGCCUUGGGGCUCUACGGAAACGAAUCCAAGAAUUGGAAAUUGAAAAUGAUAGAAUAAAGCGUGACUUUUACUCCACAGAGGAUAACGACGAAGAUGUGUAUCAUAAAUAUUUGAAAGACUGUAAUGAUAAGAUGAUGCUCGGGAAGGAUAUUCUACGGAAAAACAAUGUGGAUUUUACGCCAGUUGAUUCAGAAGUCCAGAUAGUCAGUAUUUUGAACAAGCUUCGCGACUGUGUUAUGGUGCAUGAUGAAAUCGAUGAACCACCAGAAGGAGGUGUGUCAUUUCUUCUUACCGAAAUCGAAGAUGUGACCAAUGAAACGAACGAAGAUCUGAUUAAUGAACUGAUAGGAUUUUUAUCACAAUUCUGGGAGUCCGUGAAAGCAAAUCUGGAAUCUUAUGCAUCAAUUCUCACAAAGUUCCGUACUGCAGUGUUAAAGCGUUUAGAAUCCAGUUGUACCAGUUACCAUAACAAUCUUGAUGUACAAAUUGAUCUCUCUUUGAAAUACACUGAUGACAUCACACAGUACCAGAAUGAUAUUGACAAACAAUUUUCUCAGGCAAUAGAAAUCAUCAAAAGUUUUCCAAAUGGAAUUAAAACAAAUCUUUUUACAAAGUCAAACUUUAUAGACAGAGUGCUAGCCUAUUGUGAUAAAAAAGCCUUUCCAAUACUUCAAAUUAUACCUGAUUUAUCAGUGAAGUUUGAAAAUAUUUGUGCAAUUGCGAGACGCUGGAUUGAUCGUGACGAAACUUACGUCUAUGACAUCAUCAAGCAUAUAAGGGACACAAGGAGUCGCACACGACGACGUGAACAGGACCUACGGAACCAUAUCGUUCAACAACGAAGUACAAUGAAAUCAGUCCAACAAGCCUACAUCGUAUGUAGCACAAAUAAACGAAAACUUCAGAAACUUGAAACUGAACUCAAAGACUUAGCAGAGCAAGAAACGGAUUACACAACUGAGAAAAAGGCUAAACAUGAGGAAAAACAGCAAAAAGAAAGCAUGGUCGAUUUCUUGAAGAUUACAAUAUCGCAAUCCAAAAAGAACUAUUCACUACAAUCGAAGAGAUCACGACUUCUGAAACAAGUUAAAGAUUUGGAACGCAGUUUAAGUGAAAUUGAACAAAUUCUCUCUAGAAUUGAGCAACAUAUGGAUGAAAAAUCUCACCAAAAAAUAGUUGUACAAGAAAAAGUUGAAGUCAGUGAAAAGACCUAUAAUGAGUUAAAAAAUGAUUUGGAUAUUUUUACUAAAAAUUUAGAAAACCUCCAAGUGGAUGUUCAAGAACUUAGUGACUCUUUAACUCAAUUGGAAAUAAUACAAAACUUUAAAACAAGCCCUGAAAAAGUGGAGGAUUUUUAUGAUCGGCCUGCAACAGUCAAACUAGCGCCAUCAUUGAUGGAGAAAAUUCUAAUGAGGAAGAAGCGUCUAAGCUUGCAAAACAACCCAGUGUCAAUAUCAAAUGAAGUCCCUAAGAAAAAGACAAUUAGUCCUAUCAAAAAUACAGCUGUACUUGAUAACUUCAAUCACAAGACUGAGACAUUUUCGAAAAAAAGAUCAAACCCCACAAAGAAUAAUGCUGAAAGUCCUAAUGAUGGUGUUCUCAACAAAAAACCAACUUUACCAAGGACUAACAAAGGUAAUUUCAGUGAUAGUGAAUCUAGUAAACUUACAACUAAUAAAGUGACAAAAUGGACAAAUAAUAUGACAACGAAAAGUCUGGAUAGUUCUGAAACAAAUAAUGCAACCGUUGGCUCUCAUGACACCAUCAAACACACCCAGAGUCUUGAUAAUCUCAAAAACAGUAUACUUCUUAAAAGUAAUCUCAAACAUGCUUCCAGUACAGAAAGUCUGAGUCACAUUCCAGUAAAGACUAGUAUUCCUGUUUGGAAGAGCUCAAAUCUCGGGACCAACAUCCCUGGACGAGCCUCUAACACUGGGACAAGUGUACCCACAAGGACUUCAAAUCCUGGGACCAUUAAUCCUAUGAAACCAAGCGUAUCAGUAAAUCAGCCAACAAAAAGGACUAGCAUACCAGUUAUGAGACCACGAAAUAUAAACCCAAACUUAAACCUAGAGCAACAGACAACCUUUCCAAAAAAGACUAUAAACAACAAUAUCACAAUGAAGAAAAAUAACAAUCUCAUCAGAAGCAGUAUCCCUGUUAGAAAACCGGCAGGAUAUAAAAAUGAACUGAAAUACGGAAGUGCAUCAACUCAAUUUUAAAUUGCAGUAAAAUUUGUGUGAGUGAAACACCUUUUAAUGGUACUGGUACCUUAAUAUAAAGUAUUCAUAAAAUAGUGUUCAACUUUGGAGGUGACGUUCUACAUGCGUACACAGGUUCAUUGUGGAUAACAAGACUAGGAAAUGUGUUCCACUUACAAAGGUGUACUAUUUUCUUUGCUGCAACUUAUCUAAGUGCAUGUUGUAGAGUGAUUAGGUCCAAUCUGCUCAAAUUUGUCUUGGACUAAUACAGGGUGCCAAAAACAGGACUGUA